CUAUCGGUGAAGCCUAUGAUCAAUUCAAACGGUGCGCCACUGACGAGGGGGGUCCACACCAUUUUGAAAGUAAAAAUACUGCGCGACCCGGGAUUUUGUUUGUACGGUUCGGCGAGGGUAAAAAAGCGGCGAGGGCUAGGCUGUGGUAUGGUCGGGGUAACGCGGUGUCGCUUGUAAAAUGACGUAGAGUGUGCGAGGGUGUGCCGCGUGCGGUACGAGGUGUGUUAGCGGAAACGGUGUCGCGGUGUGUAGGGUCGGCGCUGGCCGUAGCUAUCGUAGCGUACGGGAAAUUGGCUGUGGCUUCGCCAAUGGAUGCCAGGCAGGAGGAGACGCCAUUUUGAUAUACGGGCGCACGUCAAGCGUUCGCUCGUAGGGAAACGCGGUCUCGAGUCGGUCUGCCGCUUCGCGUAGGACUGCGCGGGUGAAUUCGUUGGUUCGCGAGGUUCACGAGUAUCGUUAAUACGAGUGCGUGGCGCAACGGAUUCGUUGCGUUUCGUUGACAAGUGACAGGUGAAUCGAUCGGGCCGCGAGGAAAGUCGCGUUGCGGCCCCGUGCCCGUAACACGGUUCGCUCGGUUGAUCGGUAGUGACUACUGUGUGUGGAACUACGUGUACAUUCGGAUUUUUCCCCACGCGGGCGAGUUCAGUGCGAGGGACACGGUAGCUCGUGUAUAUUGGUGCGCUGAUCCGGGGUGGCGGUGUACGGCAGGGAAAAGCCGCUGUCUCGUUUCGCGCGCGCGAGAGAGGCCACCGGCCGACACUUCGGGCCAGGACAAGACGACCCGAUGUCGGGAGCGGGUCGCGACCCCGUGUCGACCCGUGGUCGUCCUCGUCUUCGCAUAUCCAUCUCUUUCAUAGCACCAGGACAUUCCUGGCGUAAAUGUGCUCUCAUGAGUGCCCAUGUGCACCUUUCUUUCUGUCUGCUGCCCCUACGUGCCCUGUAAACCCAGAGCACACCCCGAUUAGCACGCCCACGCACUCUAUCACUCGCGAAUAUGGCCAAGAUCCUCAACAAGGACCCCGUCACCUACGAAAGGGAGAGGGAAAACUUCCUGAAGGAUCUCCGUCACUUCCAUGAGACUAGAGGGACUCCCUUCAAAAAAAAUCCGAAAAUCAAUGGAAAAGAUAUAGAUCUGUACUUGCUGUAUGUUGUCGUUACUGCUCAUGGCGGAUGGAUAAAGGUGAAUACUAGAAACGAGUGGGCAUCGUUAUGCGAACAAUUCCAUCUACCCAAUGGCUGCGUGAACAGCGGGGUUGGCCUUAAACAAAUUUACCUUAGGUAUUUGGACAGAUACGAAAAAGUACAUUUCCUGGGAGAAGAUGGCCAACAAGCUGACGACGAUGACGAGGAUUCCAGACACAGAAAAUGGUCUGCUAGGGCAUUACACUCUGUUCCUCUUACUUAUAAUCAUCAUCAACACAAUGUCGCAGAAUCUCUUCGUGAAUACAAUGGCCUUUCGUCCGAUCUUUAUAAGCCAUCCAACUACGAUAAACUCGCGCUAUCUCUUCUCUCGCCACUUCCCAACGAGCAAGACUUCGCCAUCAAUGUCUGCACGUUGCUAUCGAACGAGGGCAAGCAUAUCUUACGCCUCGACAAAUAUCCUCGUCUCGUGAACAUACUUUUGGCGCACGCCGGUGUCUUCGAUUCACCUGGAACGCGGCAGCUCUUCAUCGAGGUUUAUUCCCGUGUGAGGAAUUAUUCCAUCAACUCUUUCUGGUCGGACGUCCUCGACUCGCAGGAUGUGAUAGAUCUUACGAAUGAAAGAACGUUCAUGAAGAAACCGACCACCGCCAGCCCCCAGACCUUCUCCAGGCGGAAAAUAUUGGAGAGGGAGAAACAGAACAAAAGCGCCGCGUCCACGGAGAACGGAGAUGAGGCGUCAACGUCGAUGGAAGUCGACGGGGCGAUGCCAGACUGUUCGAGAUUAGAUCCGAUUGGAUCUCACCAAGAUGAAACUUUAAGAGAUCAAAAUCAAAACUCCAUAAAAUUUGAGGAAGAAGAUAAAGAUUUGUUUUGUGUUGGACGAACAUUGGGAACGCAGGAUCCUUAUGGGCAACGUGUGCUCCAAAUAGCAUCUAUUUUACGGAAUUUAAGUUUUACACCAGAAAACGCUGCUGUAUUAGGAAGGAAUCGAUGUUUCUUGAGAUUCGUAUUACUCUGUGUAAGAGCGAGGUGGAGUAAUCUGCAUCAGCUUGGUUUUGAUAUAUUAGGAAACAUAGCAAAUGAAAUAGUCUUAAAAGAAGCUGGUGAGAGGAUAACAGAUGUUGUAUUGUCAUGUGUGGCAAAGGGAAUUGAAUCCCAAGACAGGUUUAUUGUUAUUUCCUGCUUGGAGGUGCUUAAUAAAAUUAGCCAACAAGACAGCAAUGAAGAAAUCGUUACGUUUGGAUUAGAAGACAAUGUAUAUGAACUAAUAUGCAGAUUUUUAGCUCUGAACGACAUAGCUCUUUUAGUAUAUACCUUGGAAUGCUUGUACGCAUUGACUUCGUUAGGUGAAAGGCCAUGUACUAGCGUCGCGCGGGUACGCGGAGCUAUCGACACAUUAGUUGCUCUUGUUACUGUAGAAGCGCAGAGUUAUGGGCCGAAAGCUUGUAUUUUGAUGAGAGUUAUCGAAACAGUGUCUACGGUAGCACCACCACCGAAUGCUACUCAGAAUACUACUCCUGUCACAGCUACUGCGCCAGCAGUAACAGUGUCCUCCUCUGUGCCAACAACUCCAGCUACAGUUACUGCAACGCCAGCUCCUGUUAGCCCAGCACCUUCACGACCAACGACUCCAGCUGCAAUUACAACAAAAUCUACUACGCACAAAGCAGUUGAGACAAAUAAUUCGCUUCAGCAACAACAUGCACAUCAACAAAUUAUUCAAGAAAACGAGCAAUUUGCUUUGAGUUGGUUAAGAGCUACUUUCGAACCAGCACAGGGAAUCCGUAUAGAACAAGAAGAAUUAUACAAGAAAUAUCUUGGUUGCUGCACAAAGAUUGGUAGAAGAGGUGUUAUUGCUCCACUUCAUUUUCCUAGAUGCGUUAGAUCUGUAUUUGGUGGAAGCGUCGGACCAAAUCCAUUGAAAGGUGAAACAAGUGGUACUCAGUAUUACGAAGGAAUCCGAGUACGGGCCACAUCUCCCCAAGUAACUUAUCCGAGCCAAACUGCAGUUGGGACUAACACAGCUCCAAUUCCAGCAGCCAACGCAACGCCAGUAAAGGUGCUUCCCGUACAACAGCGUACAAUCAAGAGUAUAAGUCCUGCUCCUGAUAGCACGGCCCUAGACAAUCCUGCAUCUGGGCCUCCAAGAACCCCUGCCCCAGCAUCGCCUAUCCUUAAAGCCCAAUUGUCUGCUCCACCAAAACCACCAUCCAGUAUCUCGAACACUGCAACUCAAUCCCAAAAUCCAGUCACCAAGGUUGAUUCUAAAAGUCAGGUGUCAGUAUCACAUCCUCAUUUGAGUCAAGCAUUGCUGUCAAGUGGCUCCCAAACACAACCACAACAACAAGUACAACAAGUACAGCAACAAUGUCAAACUGUCCAGGUAGUUGCAAAGGAAGAUAAUCGAAGUGGUACUACAUCCAGUUCCAUAAUAAAAAGCCUUCUGGCUACUAAGGUAACGGUUAGCAGCGACUGCAUGCCCAGUACUGCUGCGACUUGUGUGUCUACCCCUACUGCCUGUGUAACAAACACUACUGCUAGCAUCGCAUCCAGCAUCAGUGCCAACCAGCUAAUAACCAGCAACCAGGUUGCACAACGCCAACAACAACAAAGACUACUACAACAGCAAUUAACUAAUAUAUCGCAACCAACUGCAACUACAACUUUAACUGCAAUACUCCCAAAGACACCUGUCAACUCAAAGCAAAAGCCAACUAUCACACCCAUUCCUGCCAAAAAAAUACAAAGGCUCAAUGGAGCUAAAUUUAUUAUGACUAAUAAUUGUGACAAGACUGAAGUAAAUGAUAAUGAAAAUGUCAACCAAAUACCAACAUCAACAACUUCUUCCACAAUGGUUUUAAAUUCAACCGAAAACCACAUAUCGUCAAACAUUAAAGUAUGUCGGCCUCCAGCAACAACUAUAACUACAGCAAAUAAAGCUAUUCAACGUUCAACUUGUACAUCAAUAGCUGAGGAUUCAGAUUCGACUAAUAAUUCUUUGGCAUCCAGUAGUGGUAUUGGUGGUAGUAGGGACUGUUCUGGUGUCGGUAUAGAAGAAGAUAAUUCUUUGACAAGUUUUGAAGGAAUUCUAUUAAAUGGUGCACCAAGUAAUAUGGAUAUCGAUGCCCAAGAAGAUUCAUCAAAAGAUUCAUCUAGUAUAACGUCUAAAGAGAAACCUCUGCAAAGUAUGAUGCUUGCAGAUUUAUUAGAACGGAAAGUUGACAAAGAGCCUAUUUUGAAUGGUGUUUUAGGAAAAAAUUCGAUUAAUGAAAAAGGAAUGGACUUAGUGGAAAAUCACAUUAAGAAAGUAUUAAAAGAAUCUCCUACAGACAUUAAAAUAAAAACCGAAGUAGAAGAAGGUAAUGUUAUACAGACAGAAGUUUCUGAAGAUACUUUAAUUGAAGCACCUAGAGGAAUAAAACGAGCUGCUAGUGAGUCGGAUGAAGUAGAUGUAAAAAAAGUAAAAUAUUCUAAUGGUACUAUGUCACCUGAUCCUGCUGUUGAUUCGACCACUGCUGAAUCCACUGUCUCGAGUAUAAAAUCUGAAGAACAGGAUGAUGAUAAGGAUAGUGAGAAAGCAACCGUAUCUUCUACAGCCGCAAAUCUUUACGCUGCUCUGGCUGCAGAUUGUAUAGAAGACGAAAUUGACCUUGAUGAAAAUGUUACUGUAAAUGUCCAAGAAGAAACUACUACUACGAUAAAAGAAGAACCUCAUAUAUUUGUCAAUCAAAUUAAUCAACAACAAUUAUCUCAACAACAACAACAAUCACAACUGACACCACAGCAACAGCCACAGCAACCGCCGCCGCAACCGCAACAACCGCAACCUCAAAUGCAACAACAACCACAACCUCAUCCUCAACAACAACCUCAACAACAACUUAUUGUCGCAGCACCUAGGCAAAUAGUAGUACAACAAACAAUACAAUCGAAUAAUCAAGUUCUUAUUCCAACUAGUGCAGUGAAAGGAAGGCAAGCGCAACCUCAACCACAGGUUUUAUUGCAACAAGGAGCAGGAGGUCAAUUACAGUAUGUUGUUUCUGGUGGCGUCCCUGGUCAAAAUUACGUUUUAGCUCAACCACAAACAACAUUGGUUCAAGGUCAAGCGCAGACUGUGUUAGUAGCUCAAACAACACAACAGCAGGGAACAGGUGCAAAAACGAUAAUUAUUUUGCAAUCUCAAGCAGCUGCCCAACCAACUCAGCAAAAAAUGGUGGCCGUCACUCCUCAGGGACAGCAGGUUGUCGUUACACAAGUUUCACGUCCUAUCUUGCAGAGUCCAGCACUCGGCAAUAUACCUCCUCCUUUGGUUCCAACGUCUGGCACAAUUCCACAAACUUCGAUAAUAGUGAACAGUUCUGUAGCACAAACAAAUCCAAAUACAGUGACCGUUACAAUUCCCGCAAUGGCUCAACAAACACCAGUGUCAACGAGUGUGCCAUCAAGAGUGGUAACACCAACACCAGCUUCUACUCCACCGCCUACAAGACCCACUACACCUCAUCAGGCAGCAGCAACACAUGGAUUACCGACAAAGCAACCUGCUAAAGUAAUAAAGACUGUCAGUUCUUCAACCUCUACUGAACCAGAAUCUAAACCAUCUACGAGCCAGAAUCAAUCAGAAAAAACUAUUACAAUAAAAAUUGAUCCCAAUGCAUAUUUAUGUGAAUGGCGAGGUUGUUUAAGGCAAUUUAAAACACCACAUGAAGUUUAUCUUCAUGUAUGCGAAACACAUUGUCCAUCUGGUGGGGAGGAAAUAUUAUGUCUUUGGGCAAGCUGUGAUGCCUUGAAAAGACGAAGAUUUUCAUUGAUGACACAUUUGUAUGAUAGGCAUUGUAAUGCGGAAACAAUGUCGAUAAGAAGGAAACAAUUAACGGUAACAGGCAAAACCGAAGUUUCUACAUCGACACCGCCAACUCCUCAUCAUCCUGGAUAUGCACCGAAUGCAGCAUUCCAUGCUAUUAAACGGCACGCUUUGGAGUUUGUAAAUCCAAAGGAAUUAAUGCAAAGGCCGACCAAGCCCGCUGCAGCCACUUCAAGCUCUUCUUCUCCCAGACCUGGGCAAAAUCCUCCACCAGAACAGGAUGACAACGAAGGUCCUGUGACCAAAAGUAUUCGCUUGACAGCAGCUCUUAUUCUUAGAAACCUAGUCAUAUAUUCAACGCAUGGCAGAAGACAUCUUAGAGCGUACGAACCACAUUUGGCAGGAGUCGCAUUAAGUAAUGUCGAAUCAUCAAGAACAAUCGCACAAGUUCUGUAUGAUAUGAAUGAUCAAAGUAGCAGUAACCAUAGGUGACCUCUUGAACCAGGCCUCUAAAAGAAACCUUUUUCAUCCUGCGAACAGCGAUCAAUUCGUUUAUUUUGAAUUUUAGUGUAAAGUGAAAAAACAAAAGAAUGAUAGAAAAGUUGGCAAAAAAUUUGCAAUUAAUUGCAAAAAAAAUGUGCUUGUGCAUUAUAAGAAAAAAAAGAAGGAUAUGAACAGUAAAGAAGAUGUACUACAAGAAAAGAAGAUACGGCAAUGUUCCAUAAUUAUUAAAGAGGCCUAUACACUUACGAGGCAAGUCGAUUUGCCGAUUUAGACUAUAAUAAUGUACUGUAACUAGUUAACACGAACGAAAGACAGUAGUUGAAGUGAUUACAGAUCAGUGAUAAAAAAAAAAGUAAAACAAGAUAAUAUUUCAAAUUUAAUAUUAAUAUUUAUUUUCUCAACAAGAAGCGGAAGAAAUGUUUUUAGUAAUCGUGUACAAAAAAUGAAGGGCGAAAAAAUACUUUAUGGACGUUAUAGUUAAUUACAAUCAAUAUUAUAUUAUUAUUAUAUUAUAUUAUAUUAUUAAUUAUUAUUAUUAAUA